AUGUAUAUCCUCAUUGGUAUGUUGUACAAUCAAUUUUUACCGAUAGGUUCGAAGGGAUCGUUUGUCAAAUUUUUAGAUUAUUUUUCUGAGCUCCAUAUAUCUUAGCUCAUAUUACCGGUUGUCUGUGGUGUCAUAUUUUUCCAUAUAUUUUAAGCGUCAGAUUGCCAUCUCGGGUACAUGGAAAAAGACCAGGUCCGAGGAAAUGACUCGCUGGUUACAUUCGAGGAAAUACUUCAGAUAGCAAAGGAGAAGAAUGUAAGCAAAGGUUGUACUACAAUAUAUCGCUGACAAGCAAGAUUUAACAAUAAUUACUACCAUUUGAUUUUUAAGCUGAAUUGUCACUGUUUGGUGUUACUUUUAUCAUCAAGAGAAGAGUUAAUACUGGUGAAGGCACUCACUGUCAUUUAAUUCCUAAUUUGUACUUUUCUUUGUGCCAUGAAGGUAGAUUUUAUUCUCCUUGGAGGAGAUCUAUUUCAUGAGAAUAAACCUUCCCGGAAGACUCUACAUGGUGCAAUGGCGCUCUUUAGGAAGUAUUGCAUGGGGGAUAAAGCUUGUCAGAUGGAAUUUCUCAGUGAUCAAUCCGUGAACUUUUCUCAGUCCAGGUUAGAUACAGAAACUGUUUAAAAUUACAUAUUUGAUGGCAUUUGGAGAAGCUCUCUCUGUGGUAUGGGAAAUGUUACAUAAAACUUUUCCUGAUAGGUAUAAUGCUGAGUUUAGGUGAAAAAAGCUAAGUGACAACCCAGAAUUUGCAUAUUAUGUUUAGAUCAUUUUAGUAACAUUCUCAUUCAGUUUAGUUCAUGUGCACAAGGGUAUGUCCACCGCUUAUAUAUAUAUAUAUAUAUAUAUAUAUAUAUAUAUAUAUAUAUAUAUAUAUAUAUAUAUAUAUAUAUAUAAAUAUUAUGUCCGACGCAAUUCCCGACAAGCUGUUUCAAUCAGGGGUAAACUAUAUAUUAUAUAUAGCCUGGUAAAUUAAUUUAGUCUAGAUUGAUAAAUUAAUUAAGUCUAGAGUACCUAGUGACUUGGGAUGAAAUUUGCAGUAGUACUCUUUUGAUGAUCAAAUUGCUUCAAAAAAUAUGAAUAUGUUAAGUUCUGACUCAAACCAACUACAACAAUGUAAGUUCCAUCUUCUACGUGAGUCAUAUAAAAAAACUUAUAUUAUUUUUUUGUAGUUGUGAUCUAAGACAUUUUACCCUUAUUCCAAGAAAUGUGCCCAAAAUCUAUUUUCAGAUUUCCCUGGGUAAAUUAUGAGGAUCCAAAUUACAACAUAUCCAUUCCAGUGUUUUCCAUUCAUGGAAACCAUGAUGAUCCUGCUGGGGUAAGUGUAGUAACAUGAAGUCCUAACUGACCGCUGACCGGCAGUAGGAGGUUGGGAGGUUCGAGCUGUAUGAAUCGAUCGUAUUAAAGCAUGUUGUAUUUAUGCCUGUCGUCUUGGUAUCUUUACGGACUCAACAGUAAGGAAGCUAUAUACUGACAGGAGACACAGCUAAAGUCUAUCAAUUGUGCUAAGGAUUAAGUACUCUGUAGCAAAAGGUCAACAAUUAGAAGUGACUUAUAAUUAAUUAAUGAACCCUGUUUAAAUAGAGGAGAGGUUUUAUCAUAGGUUAGCUGGAGAAUAUCUGAAUUAUGAGCAGAGAAUUGUCCCAUCUCGAGAGCUUGAUAAACACCCUGGGACUGGUAUCUCUAGGAUUCAGGAGGAGUGGCAUCAUCCUUGGCUACUUCAUACAACAGAUUAUGCAAUAAAAAUGCAUAAUAAUAUUUUGCACCUCCACUACACCCCAACAUCAGAAAGCAUAUUAUUUGCACUCUAUACAUUUCCAACAAUGCGCACCACAGUAAUUUUUCUGACAAAAAAGAGCUUAAUCUUAAGUUAGCGACCAUUUCUUCUAUGCUCAUGAUCAUCCUGUUGGAUUCAGCAAGGAUACUGUAAGGAGAAAUUAGAUGCUAGUAACACCAAGAUGUUCAUGGGUUAAACAGACUCAGCAUGAAAAGGAAGGCUACUGCUUUUCCUCUUUGUGCAAGUCACUUUGUGCUAGUUAAUUGGCAAUUAUUUAUUUAUGUAUUUAUUGAAAUGUAUUUUUUCAUUACUUCCUUGGGUAGGAUGGGAACCUUUGUGCUUUGGAUUUGCUCAGUGUCUGUGGAUUUGUUAAUUACUUUGGUAGAGCUCCAUCAAUUGAUGACAUCACUGUGUCACCUAUCUUGAUGCAGAAGGGUAGUGUUAAGAUUGCACUUUAUGGCUUGGGAUCCAUCAGAGAUGAGCGUCUACAUCGCACUUUUCUUAAUCACAAGGUCAAGAUGCUGAGACCUAAGCAGGAUCCUGAAUCAUGGUUCAAUCUAUUUGUUUUACAUCAGAAUAGGUAUAAUGGUACAGAGUGUAAACUUACCUGUGAGGGGCUGGUCCCUAAUCCAUUGUGCAACUGAUUGUGACAUGCACUAUAAUUAAACUAAACGAACUCAUGAAAAAUAUUUUAAAUCUCUUCAUUGUCUCCAGGGCAAAGCAUGGCUCAACCAAUUACAUUCCAGAGAAGUUCCUUGCUGAUUUUCUUGAUCUUAUAAUGUGGGGCCAUGAACAUGAGUGUAUUAUAGCACCAAAGAAUGCAGAGGACCCAAACCUUUCAUUCUACAUUACUCAGCCUGGGUCAAGUGUUGCAACCUCUCUCAGUGAAGGAGAAUCAAGACCUAAGUGGGUGUGGUUGCUUGCCUUUUUAUUGAUGAUUCACAUCAUUUUUGCUGUCAUUAUGUCAUUGUUCACGUUCUCUGUGAGGAUCUUCUUCACCCUUGUCCUACUUCUCCUCCACCUCUUCUCCUUUCAUUGUCAUUAUUGUCAUGCUGGUUGUUGUUGUCAUCAUCAUUCUUGUGGUCAUCAUCUUCAUUAUCAGUAUGAUCAAUGUCAUUUUUAUAAUUUUUGUCAUCAUCGACAUUAUCAGUGUCAUCAUCAUUAUGAUCAUUACAUUUCAUUUUAUGAAUUAUGAUUUCUAUAUAUUCAUAUAUAUCAUUGCCCCAGUUAUUUCUUUGUCAUUCUUUUUAUUUUGUAGGCAUGUUGGAAUCCUUAAAAUAACAAAGGACAAAAUGUUCAAAAUAGACAAGAUUAUACUGAAGACUGUGCGCCCUUUUUACAUUGAAGAUGUGAUUUUGAAGGAAACAGAAAUUGAUCCCACCCAAGAAGACAUGGUCAUGGCUUACCUAGUUAAUAAAGUGGGUUCCAUUAAAAUUAUUUUAAAAAAUCAAUAUUAUGGAUGUGAGGACUUGCAUUCUUUUAUUUUCUUCUAUGACACUCAAAUCAAAUGAAUUUUUCAUUUUUAUGAUGGUCAAGGUGGAACAGUUGAUUGAAAAGGCAAGGAGGGAACACACAGGUAGUUCUCGUCAACCUGACAAACCUCUUAUUAGGUUACGGGUAGGUUUUGCCUUUAUGUGGGUGAAGUUUUCAACUGACAAAACACAUUUUUUGAUCCUUUUUUGAAAUUUUCUUGUUCAAGCUUGUUGGAAAUUUUUUUCUGGUUGUUGAUAGGUUGAUUACAGUGAUGGGUUUACAGCUUUUAACAUUCGAAGAUUUGGACAACAAUUUGUUGAAAGAGUGGCAAACCCAAAGGACAUUCUACUGUUCUUCAGGAAAAAAGAACCAUUUAAACCUUCAACAGGUACAUAGUACAGAGACAUGGUCUUUUGUGACAUCACUGCAGAGUGUAACCUGCAUACAGCUAAUGUUCAUCAUGUUAUUAAAAGAUGAGUGGGUUUAAAUGUUUUAAGGAGUGAAAAAAUGCUAAAGUGUUGGCUAGAGUCAGUGAAUUUUCAUUGUUCUCUUUGUUAGAAUUUAUUUUUUUCUUGAACAGAGUAAAGGAAUUAUUGCUCUUGUUUUUGUCAUAGACAAGAUAGAGAGAGAGAAAGUUAGAGUUCCGCACCUGCGUCCAGAACCACUAGACUCAAUAAGGAUGGAAGACUUGAUCAAGGAUUAUUUAACAUCAAAGGAUAAUGUAUGUACUUCUCUUUUAAGAGUUGGACAGAUUAUAUUUUAAUCAUAAAAUUUAAAAUUUCCUCAAUUUUGAUUGGUUUGAAAAACUCUUUUUUUUCCACUAAGGCAUUGGCCAAGGUGUUAUCAAAGUGUUUCUUAUCGGACAGUUCAAUAAUCACAUUUUAAGUUGUAGUUUAAGUCAAUCACAACAAUUUCAGAGAAUUAUCAAACAAUUUAUGCCUCCUUUGUCAGUCUUUAAAUGCAAAUUUUCCCUUUCUUUCAUAACUUGGCUAUUCUUCUUUUCUCAGAAAUUGUAAUUUUUAUGAUUGAUUGGUAAGACUUUGUGUCAUCCAAUCCAGUCUGUUAUCACACUGGUGAUAAACAACUUGGACUCCUGCUGCAUGGUCGUCUGAUUUUGUUAUCACUCCUAUAAUUAGAGACUGAAUUUGACUCUACUCAGUCCUCUUACCAUUACUAGUUAUAAUCCAUGAUUUAAAAAUGCUACACAUGAAUAAAAUUUCUUAGGUCAUAAACUUAAAUUUCAGGCAUUAGAGUUACGUAUUCUAACUGAGGGAAGAAUGGCACAGGCACUUCGUGAAUUUGUUGAAAAAGAUGAAAAAGAUGCAAUAUCUACUUUAGUUAAGUGGCAACUGGAUCAAGCACAGAGCCACUUGAAGAAAAAACAGAAUAUCCCUGAAGAAAGCAUUGAGGUUGAAGUUUUCAAACACACAGAGGAAAUACGACAAAAAGAGGAUGAAGAUAAAGAGCAUGAUGCAGAAAAUAUCAGAAAGGUACUUGUCCAUUUUUCAUCUAUGAGCUUUUAACACUUUACACCUGAACAUCAGUAUGCAUAUUCUCCAUACUGUUCUCUAUACAUUUCCCAAUGUGCUGGCAAGGAGAAUUUGUUUGACAAUCAAGAGGUUCUUCAGUUGAUGAUCAUUUCCUUUAUUCUCAUGAUCUUAAUGUUUGAUUCAGGGGUGAUAAUUAGAUGCUAGUCACUCUCAGGGACUGAAGAGUCAAUGCUCUUCCUAGAUGUAUGGUUUUCCAACUUCUAUCAUAAUCAGUGACAAGUGUUAUUUCUAAAAAUAAUAAUUAGGUGCUUGAAGAAUCUCGUGCCAGUCAAAUAAACACUGAAAAUGAUGUUGACUUGAGUGGAAGUGAUGAUGAGGACAGAAAAUCCAUCCCAAGCACCAGUGGAGGUACAAAAUUUCCAACAACUUGUUUUUAAUAAUGGCUUCAUAUUCAUAAUAAACAAUAUGCAAAUGUGUCUAUUCAAACAAAAAAAGGAACAUUUGUAUGAGAAAGGUCUUCCAACAGGAUAUACUUCUAAAACAGUCAGGAAGCUUAGAGCAAGGUACAAUGAUCUUCUUUUAAAAGUCACAGGCAGCUUCCUUCUUCUUUAUCAAGCAGGGAGAAAAGGCCACAGUGAUGAUGUUAACACUUCCACAAGAGGCACGGCUGGAGGGCGUGGCAGGGGAAGAGGAAGAGGAAGGGGUAGAGGUGGGCGUGGAAGAGGAAGGGGUGCAACACAAGCAGCUGUCAGCACUUCUCAAACAAUAAUGGAUUGUAAGUAUGCUGGGUGGCAAGGGUCCAAUAUGUUGCUGGGAAGCUUUCAUUGAAAGAAUAAUUGAAUUUGAAGUUACAUUAUAGUGAAUUUGUGCCUAUUUUUACAAGGAAACCUUCAUUUUCUAGCAUUUACUUCAGCAUCCAAGAGAAAGAAACAACAAAGCAAUGUCAAGGUAUGUUAAGCUUUUUCUUGUUUGCAAUCAUUUGCAAAUUUCUCUCACAUAUAAUCUGAUCUUCUUCAUUUGUUUGAAGUCGACCUAUGACAUUUUAAAUAAUAAGUAGCUUUUUUCUUGUACAAAUUUUGCAAGUGAGCUUGGUCUCUUAUCUAAUAGGGAGUAAGUUCCAAAGAUGACGAUGACGACGACGAUGAUGAAUUCAACACUCCAUUAUCAUCUUCUUUGAAGAAGACAAAAACUGCACAGUAAGUGCACUUUACUGUCAAAUAUUUUGUAUCAGCAAGAGUCAUUUUCCUUGUUGACAGAAUAAAGAAAUCAUGUCACUGUAGUUUGUGAAAUUUUAUUUUUCUGGUACAUUAUUAAAUGUUAGAUUGCCAGAUUAAAAAAAUAUACCAAAGAGGUUACAAUAAGGAGAUGCGAAAUCAAAAUGGCUUUUAAUGGAGAUGGUUUAGAAGUAAUAUUGCAAAUGAUGAACUUGAAAUAUGAAGGAUAAAUUUUUAAGACAUGCAACCUGUAAAGAAUCAGUAGCUUCUUUUGCUAUUAACUGACCUUAUGGAAACAAUCAAAGGGUAGAAAUUGUAAUCUCUCCCUGCCACUCACUCUUUAACUAAUGAGAAUACUGUUACAUCUGUCAAAGCACAUCUACCACACAUUUAUGCUGAUUUGCUUUUGAUUAGAUCAACAUCACAGAGAUCCAGUGGAGCUAAAAACAGAACAGCCGUGAUCAGUGCUGUUGGAAAUGAAGUAUGGCCCAAACUUAUGUUUGUCUGCAGGGUACUAUAAAAUGGCUGUGUCAACAAGAAAUAACUGUUGGCUCUAAUGUUAUUUUUGUCAAGCCAAUUUGUGACCUUAGAAAAUUAUAACAUUCCUCAUCUCUUUAGCUUGUGCAAAGACUUUCACUGCUAUAGCAGCUACAAUUAAGCUUAUUCAGUGUGGUAAACUACAGAUCAACAGAUCUCAACUUUUUAGUAUAAAAGCAUGUACUUUAAUAUUGCUUACAAAAAUAUUUGAUUGAUGAGUUAAAAGUUUUUCACUGUAAAAAUUCAGAAACCAAAAAGGCCAGUAAAGUUGAUUUUUUUAGAAGACAAUGCAGUAUAUGCUUCAGUCCUUAACACUUCUACAAGGUUAGAUGAACUAAUUAUGAUCAUUGUUAAAUUUCUAGGAGGAAAGUGAGGAUUCAGAUGAUCCUUUUUCUAUGGAGCCAAGCAGUAAAAGAAGCAGAAGAUAGCAAAAGAUGAGGCUCAUGGAAUUUUUUUACAAAAUCCUAUGGUUUAGUAAGUUGUUUUAGGGCAAGAGCAUUUGAAUGAUGCCAAACAAGCCGUCAAGAGAUUGGUAUCUAAUUGCAUAUACAGAUGUGGUUGUGUUUUUAGCCACAGGGAAACGUUUGAUGUUCAUGUAGCUGCUGCUGGAGAAGGGAAAGCAAAGCUUUACCACAGUAAUUCAAGUAUUUUGCAAGAACUUGAGCAAACUGCCAGUAAGCAGAAUGUUUGUUACUCAGGUGGCUAGUGGCAUUUUUGUGCUCGAGGAUUCUUAUUUGCCUUGAGUUCAAUGUUAGUAGCCUCAGAUAAUUGGUGGAUAUCUAGAUAUCAUUCAAGUGACAAUUUUGGCUCUUAAAAAAGCAUGUAAGGAAAAUUUAUUAGAUGGGAGAAAUUAGCAGAUGCAAAAUAACACGAGGAUAUUUUAAUUACAAAUGAUCAGAACUCAUGAUCAAGGAUUCAUCAGAGACCAGUUGUUCAAAAGGCAGUUUGAACUAAUUCAGAAUUCUAUGUAAUCCUUGGUCUGAUUUUCCUUGGUUAAGAGUGUAUUUUAGGACUAGCAGUCAAUAGGGUUUUCUAUCCAUUAUUUAACAAAUAGAUUCCAAGUUGUCAAAACACCCUGGGUUAGCUUGGUUGUCCUUUCAACCACCCAGCCUUGAAACUUAGGGUAUUGCACAGAUGGCAAACAAGGUGGAUUGGUUAAAAGUUUGUGAGUGUGAUGUUUUAAUGGGUUUCACAUUAUCUAAAGGAACUUAACCUUCUGCAGUUUGUUGUUUUCUUGUGUCUGGUAUAUAUGUCUGAACACACAAUUUUGUUUCAAUCAUUCACCAAAUAGUUUUGGCAAGUUGGGUUUUAUAUAUUAUAAAAAGGAAGAAGGAAAUAUAAACCUUGUUGAUGUUUGAAGCAUGAGAAUUUUGUAUUUUAAAUCUUUGGUUACAAAAUUUGUAAAAGAAAGACUACACAAUAAAAUGAAAGAAUAAACAAGUUGCAAAAGAAGUUUCUGUUCAAGUCUUUCAUGGGAGUGACAGUAGUUUUAUUAUUCAGUCAUCUUUUUAAACUGGUUUCAUAAUGAUUACAAAGUUAUCAUUGUUGUUUUUUUUUUAAGGUAUGCCUUUAUUUGUUGCUUAGUGACACCAAAGCUUAAAGAAUGAUUGAAUCAAAACAUACACUGAUCAAAAAGCAUUUUGCAAUGCGAUUUAAUUUAUGUUAGUUAUUUUCUGUGAUGCUAAGAUAUUAUUUUUGAGGUCAAAUAUAAAUGCAGGGGGCUAUUUUACUAAUUAAAUAAUAAAAGUACAAUACAGAUGUUCAAAAAAUUAUAGGUAAUAUUUUUUCCAUUCCUAACACAUAAAUCUCAGAGUUAUUCUAAACAUUUGUAUGAUGAAACUCCACAAAUUUCCACUGCAAA